AUGCCGCCACCUAACAAGAAGGCUGUGAUCUACGAAAGGCUGGUGCCCGCUGAUUCACUAGAGAAGUCCACGGGAACGCUCACGGAGCGCAUCCAUUGCUUCGACGUGGCGCAGCCGGAGGUGGAAGAGAUCUUGGAGCACUUUGGACCCUUCCCGGAUGUGCCUCGUUUGGUCGAGGUCAAUGCCAUGAGCUCCUCAGAUGAGACCUUCGAAGCGGUGGAGGAGAAGGUCGCGCUCCUGCUUCAGCGCAAGCGGGCGGAGAUCGCACAGGCUGAGGAGGCAGCUCGGGCUGCACAGGCCACUGAGGAGGAGGCGGCUGCCCCAGUGGAGCCCGAGACGGCCGACGCCGACCACGCCGAUGCAGCUGCAGCGGCUGCGGAUGCGGCGCCGGCAGAUGCGGCGGCGGAUGCGGAUGCGGCCGAGAACACGGAUCCACCGCCCGAGCCCCCGUUCCAAGCGGUGCAGUUGAGCGAGUUGCCCAGCUAUGUCGGGAAGAUUGAAGAUGAAGUCUUCAAUCUCCUCAUGGAGGAGUGGUCGGAGUUGCAGGGCGACUUGGUGAGUUCGCUGCAGCAGCUCUUCAAUUGGCACCGGAGUCAUCUGGCGGAUUUCAAGAGCGGCCUCUUCGGAAUGAAGCAGCGCUUCUCGGAGUUCGUGCAGCGCAGCGACGGGAAGCAGGACAUGGUGGAUGACUUCGUGGAGCGCUUCAAUUUGUUCACCGAGGAGUAUCCCGAGAUGCGGAAGCAGGAGCCAACGAAGGCUGAGCUGCACCUGAGGGCCGAGGAGUUGCAUCAGCGGCUCAAGGCCGAGGUGGAGAAGCAGUCGAGCGAAAACCUGGAGCAACUCGAGGUGAUGCAGACCAGCCGUUGGUUGGAGUCGCAGACGGAAGUUCUGGCGUCCCAGGAGUGGAAACCCAGCUUCCAAAAGGGUCAGCCACCCAGCCGUUCUGCGGUGCUCAGCAUCUGUGCAGGGCCCUGGAUCUUGGCUGUGGACUUGCUCCCCUGGAGGAAACAGACCUGUGAGCCCUUGUGCGAGGGACUGUGGAGCUUCUUGGAGAACGAGCAGAAUACCUUCUACGGUAUGGGCUUGGUGGGGGAUCUGGCUCGCUUGGCCUUUGAGUUCGACUGCGUUUGCGACGGAGUGGACUUCAACCUGAGGGGCUGGAGCAGCCUGCAACCCCUCAGCGGCGGUCUAACAGGCUUGGCCAAUCGUGUGCUGGGAACCUCCGUGGAACAGAGCAAAGCGGUGACCAGGUCGAACUGGAACCUGCGGCCGCUCUCGGAGAUUCAGAUGCUGUACAUUGCUGAGGACGCUUACAUGUCCUGGAAGAUCGCCAUGACCCUCCUGCAGACCGAGUGCAAGGUCCAAGAGGACUGGUUCGUCACCAUGGCUGAGAUGUAUGGCAGCGGGAAAGAGUUCUGGCAGCAUGGCCUCACCGUGCCCGAGAGCUGUCACGAUUGGUCGAUGGCGCAGCACGAAUGGCAGCUGAAGCAGGAAGCGAAGAAGCAGAAGCUCAGGGACAAGGAGAUUGAGAGAAGGAAGAAGGCGGAGACCCGCAAGCGAGCCCUGGAAGCCGACACCUGGACCGACAGACCGAGCGCUUCCGAAAAAGCGGUGCGCCAGGUGCAGCAUGCAGUGCAGUUGGAGGUGAAGAGAUACCAUGCAUGUUGUCAGCUGCUUUCGGACUUCUACUACUCCGCGUUAUGUCUGGGUUUGCCGGAGGAGCACGAGGCCCCGCCGAAGGUGGAUAUCUUCGCCCCUCCGGAGCCGGAAGAAGUUCCGGAUCCCAAGAAAAAGAAAGAUGACAAGAAGAAGAAGCCGGGGGAUGCACCAGAGGAGCCGGAGAUCAGUCCGGAGGAGAAGGCGGCAGCACGGCUUUGCAAGUACAUUCCAGACGAGGAGUCGGGCGGCGAGGGCCGCUGGGAAUUCCCUUUCCUCGCGGAGUUGAUGGAACAAGCCAGCAAAGCGGUGUGGAAGUUGGAGGAUUUCACGCCACCAUCCAUCGAGGUGCCAGAGGAAGAGGAGAAGGAAGAUCCCAAGGCGAAAGCCAAGGCCAAGGGGAAGGCCAAAGCCAAAGAGAAGCCGAAGAAGGAGGAAGAGGACAUGGAUCGGAGGAGCCGUUGGUUGGAAAGAGCGGUGAUUUCGAUUGCCGUGCCACCCAUGGACUUAAGUCCUUUCUACCCCAGGCAGAGAAGCCCCCCCCCGCAGCCGGCGCCCGCCCUCUUCGUGGACUUGCAGCAGGCGCUGCUGGCGGAGCGCGUGACCUUCCGGCAGCGGCUGCAGAUGAUUCAGGGCUGGGCCAUCCGACGGCUGCACCAGGCUGCGAGCUCCACGAAGAGCACCUUCCGUGACUUGAACGACUGGAUCUUGCUGCGGAGGCACAAAGACCUGGAAGCCGUCGCGAGCCUGGUGGAUGUCUUGAAGGAACAAGUCGAGAGCGAAGACUUCAUCAAGACCAAGCUGUGCCUGAAGAAUGCGCACUUGCACCAGAGGCCCAACACCCUGCUGCGGGCGCCGAAGCCUGAGAAGGUGCCGCCGGAAGUGGAGGGUGUGGCGCCCUUCCGUUGGACGAUGGAACAGCUGGACCUGCUCUUCGAGGUGGUCGCCAGCGCGGCGGCCGCCAUCUCUCCCAGCUGCAGGGUGUUGCCCAACUACACGCUCUUGCGAAUCUUGGAGCAGCUGACCUCUGCAGAUGGCGGGGACAAGCGCACGGUGAAGGUGCCAGCGAACUGGCGGAACUGUGGUGAGGCCAAGUUGAAGCAGAUGCUGGCGGCCUUCGAUCAUCCCUAUUCUGGAAGCUGCAUCGAUCUGGUGGACUUCCUCUUCCACAUGCUGCUUCUCCACAGCCCCGUGGGGUGGCCCUCCUUGAACACCCUCAUGGAGGUCCGAAGGGUUCUGGAAGCCCAGGCGCCUCGGGGUGCCAUCUGGCCAGACUUCUACGUUCCGGGUCACGUGGUGGAAUCCUUGCCCCUCUUCGAAGAGAGCGGCGAGGAAUCCUUUGCCAAGAAGUUCAAGCCCAUCACAACUCUGGCGCCCAACAUGUUCGACCGCCCGGGAGCGCAAUUGAAGUGGGUGGCCAAAGUGCUGCAACGCUAUCGAGCACCCAGUGGUGAGCAUGAGGCGUGGAGUGUGGAGGUGGCGUGGUACGACUACCGAGUCCAGAGACACGAAGACUCGGAACGGCUGGUGGAGAUGUUGGACGAUGUGAGGAGUACGCCGACCGAUACACCUAGGCAACCAGGUGCGGAAGCCUCCAUGUGGGGAAGUGAUGAGAGGCUGAAGCGUUUGCAGGUGGAAGUGAUGGGAGGACAGAGGAAGCCUGAUCCGAUUAGAGCUGUUAGUAAGAGGCAGAACAAAAAGAACAGCUAA